UGUGGAGCAGGUAUCCGGGGCAACGGAGAGGAGGAAGAGGAGGAGGAAGAGGACGGAGAGGAGCGGGAGAGAAGAGUGAGCGUGAGAGAAGAGGGGGAUGAGGAGGACGAGUGUGAUGAAGAGCGCUCUCACGACGCGCAGGACGGCUUCAGCUCCACCUUCGAGCGCAUCGUGGAGUCGGAGCUCCUGCGCGGCGGCACCUGCUACAGCUCGCUGGACUCGCUGGACGUGCUGUCGCUGACCGACGAGACGGACAGCUGCGUCAGCUUCGACGCGCCGCUCACGCCGCUCAUCCAGCAGAGGGCGCUGGCGGGGCCGGAGCCCCCGGAGCUGGAGCUGGAGCCGGUCCAGGAGGCCGCUCGGAAAACGUGCUGA